AAAGGGAAGUUUUGUGGGAGAGGAGUGAGGCCAGUGCUUCAAAGGCUGGGAGGAACCCUGGGGCCACAAAACUGUCUCUCUGAGCCCUACCGGAACCGUACAGGAAAGCGGGAGCAGGGACCAUGAAGUGCCUGCUGCUACAGCUACUGUGGAUUUCCACCUGCAUCCCAGCUUCCAGGGCCCUGCGCUGUGUGCGGUGUAACAGCACCGAGCGCUGCCGAGUGGAGGAGUGCGCCCCGGGCCUGGACCUCUGCAGAAUCACCAUCCUGCGAACCUGGGAAGCAGGCCGGACGCGCUCCUUUCCCGUGGGCCGUUACCUGGAGUGUAUGUCCUGCAGCUCCUCAGACGAGAGUUGCGAGAGGGGCCGGGAGCAAAGCCUGCAGUGCCGCCAUCCCCGAGAGCAGUGCGUGGAUGUAGUGACCUACCACGGUCCCGGAAGGAUCUGGGAGGAUGAGCAGCACAUCAAAGGCUGUGGCCAACUUCCUGGCUGCCCAGGACCCACCGGUUUCCACAGCAACCACACCUUCCACUUCCUGCAGUGCUGCAACUCCACCAAGUGCAACCAGGGCCCGGCCAUGCAGCUGCAGCAGCUGCCGCCCAAUGCUGUGCAGUGCUACAGCUGUGAGGGGAACAGCACCCAUGGGUGCUCGGAGGAGGAGGCCACCCUCAUCCCCUGCCUAGGCCCCAUGGACCGAUGCCUGGAAGCCACUGGUACUAAAGAGAUGGAGAAUACCAACUACACAGUGCGAGGCUGCGCAACGGCCUCAUGGUGCGAAGGCUCCCACAUGGCCGACACCUUCAGCCUGACUGGAGUCAGUGUGUCCUGCUGUACUGGCAGUGGCUGCAACCACCCCGCUGGAGAUGCCCAGUACCGCAGCGGUGGGGGCCCCCAGCCCCGCCCCACCUACCUCAGCCUCACCAUGACCCUUCUCACAACUGCCAGACUAGGAGGGGAUCUUCUCCUCUGGACCUGAACUCUUAAAGCCUUUGCCCUGGCUGGAUCCAGGGACCCCUGUGCCCUUUCCUCAGUUCCAGCUCUGCAGACUUGUAUGCCAGUACAUUGUCCUCUCUGUUUCCUCCACUGUCAGAAAAAAAAAAAAAAACUCGUAUCUGAUCAGUUACUGUGGCCCGUGCCUGUCAUCUUAGCUACUCAGGAGGCUGAGAUCUGCACAUCACAGUUGGAAGCCAGCUC